AUAAUGUAGAUAGUAAUAAAACUGAAAAACACUUGUCAUUAACAUCAAGAGGGCUCUGUAAUGUUUCAUCAAUAUCUGAUAAUAUGCUAUGCAGUACGUCAGAAAAUACAGAACCUGUUAAGGGAAAUGUAAAAACAACUAGCAAAAGUACUAAUGGAAAUAAACAGUAUUGCUCAUGGCAGAAGCUUCAAGAAUGUCCAGAUAAAAGUAACAAUGAUAUCAAGACACCUACUAAAGUAAAAUUCACUUUAAAAAAGCAACAUGUUGUGAAAAAAUUUAAUGCAUUAAAAAGGGAAGACAAAUGCUUAUCAAAAAAUAUUAGUAACAAUACAUUAGAAAAUGCAUCAAUAGCUGAAGGUCCAUCAAUAGUUCAACAUGAAGGUGAUAAUGAAAAAUCAUUGAAAUAUCCUAGUCAAUUAUCAACAUCUCAUAGAUGUGUUAAUAAGCAACCAGAGAUUGUAAAAGCUUCCAACAGUUCUGACCCUGCUGUUGUGGAUAAAACAAGCUCAUGGCUGUCUGUUUUUCAUAAUUUUUCUGCAAAGAAAAAUAAAGGAAAGUCAGUUUCAAGUGACAAUAUAGGUAAUGAACUUUCAUUCACUGAAGAAGCAGAAAAUUCAUUUCAAAGUGAGUUAGAUAAACCAGAAGAUGUUGAUUACAAUUAUGUCAUGCUAGAUGGGAUUAUGUCUUUGACUUUAACAGGAAAAGAUGAAUUAGAGAAAACCACACAGUUAGACAAAUGUACUGUUGAAACUAAUAUGGAUUUACCAGCAGCUGAUCCUUGUGUUGGUACACAUGACAUGAGAGAUUCUAAUACAGUUGCUGCAAAUGACAGUACAUCACAGAUAGAUGUAAUAGACUCUUACAAAACUAGAAGUGAAGUUGGUGUAAAGACUGACCAAAGUAUUAAGCAGGAAUUGGCAAUAGAAGACAAUUUUAACAUUGAAAGUUUCAGAAAUAUCACUUUGGCGGAUGAUGUAUUUAAGACAGAAAAUCUUAAAAUUAAGAUUGAAAAGAAUGAAGAGGUAACAAAUAAUGAUGAUAAGGUAUUUCAAAUGAAUUCAAACUGUGCAUCAAGUGAGGCUGCAUGCAACAUUUUGGGACAAGGUGAAAUAUCUCCUUCAGUAUCAGAAAUUGAGUCAGAAAAUGAAAAGAUGAGUUUGUUCAAGAACUUUGAAGAAAAUUCUUUUAAAGAUGAAGAAGAAAACUUUGGUUUUGGUUUAAAGUUACCUCUAUCUUUACCAGAUUCUGUAGAAGAUGUAUCAUACCUGAGUAAUGAAAACUCUACGUUUGAAACAAUACAGCCAUAUGAUAAUGACAUGUUUUAUGUAAGUGAUAAUAGCACAAGUUUCAGUGUUGAUAGUGAUAAUGAAGAUGAGGAGUCCAAACCUGAAAUAUGUGAAUCAUACAAAAUUAUACAACGUUAUGUAUUUGACAGGUGCACAGGAAACAAUUUACAAAAGAUUCUUGUGAGGGUGAAAGAAAGGAAGACUUAUACUGAUCAUGAACUUGACGAUGAUGAAAUUGAAGGGAAGAGAUCGUACAAGAUUGAAGAUAAACUCAGAUCUGACAAAUACAGCAAAGAUUAUGUUAAAAGGCUUGCUGGAGAAGACUUCACCCUGAGAUACCUACAGGAAAAUGGGUUGCAGUACCCCAUUUUGUUUUCAGAGAAGACCGGACUAGGUCUGAGAGUUCCAAGUGACAACUUUAAAGUCUGUGAUGUCAAAGCAUGUGUUGGAUCACGAAGAAUGUUGGAUGUGAUGGAUGUGAACACACAGAAAGGUCUUGAGAUGACAAUGAAAGAAUGGACCAAGUAUUAUGAGACAACAGAGAGAGACCGUCUCCUUAAUGUGAUCAGUCUUGAGUUUAGUCACACAAAACUAGAAAACUAUGUGGAGUCACCAAACCUGGUACGUGAAAUAGAUUGGGUUGACUCAGCUUGGCCUCAGCAUUUGAAGGAUUGCCAGACAGAAUCAACGAAUGCAAUAGACAAAAUGAAAUACCCAAAAGUACAAAAGUACUGUUUAAUGAGUGUAGCAGGAUGUUACACGGAUUUUCAUAUUGACUUUGGUGGGACAUCGGUGUGGUACCAUAUCUUACAUGGUGAAAAGAUAUUUUGGUUAAUUCCUCCAACUGAUAAGAACCUUGCCAAGUAUGAGAACUGGGUGUUGUCAGGGAAACAAGGUGAUGCAUUUUUGGCGGACUCCAUUGAGGAAUGUCAAAUGAUACAGCUUGUGGCAGGGAACACUUUCAUCAUUCCUUCUGGUUGGAUACAUGCAGUGUAUACACCAAAAGACUCUCUAGUUUUUGGCGGGAAUUUCUUACACAGCUUCAAUAUGGUAAACCAGCUCAAGGUGUCAGCUAUUGAAGAUAAAACACAUGUACCAAUGAAAUUCCGAUAUCCAUUCUAUGCAGAGAUAAAUUGGUAUGUGUUAGAACGUUACGUACACUCACUGACAGGUGUAACGUAUCUGGAGAAACCACAACUGAAUGAGGAUCUAGAGGUCAUCAAUACCAAGAUUGAUCAGGCAAAUUUUGAAUUACUUGAAGAAAAGCUUAACAAAAGACUAUCCGUAUCGCUAACCAGAAUUGACGACACUUCACCAGGACGUAAAUCAACCAGUGAUGAUGAUAGUACAGCUUCUGGACCAACCAGAUCACCAGGGCAAGCUUCUACAUUACCGAGAACAGGAAGGAAGUCAUCAUCAGAAAGUGCAAAUUCAUUGGAUCUCAAAUCUGUUGAUAAACCCGAGAUAAUGAAGGUGCCGUAUAAAAGCCCUGUAAAGAAGAGAACAAAAUAUAUACACUUGACAAAAUAUGAGCUGGAAGGUUUGAUUGAGGUGCUAGGAUGGGUGGAGAGUUUGCCUCCAACCAAGAAAGGCAUUCCAAAGGAUCUGAUUGAUCCAGAUGCAGUGCUUAGAGAAGUCAAGCGUUUAAUCCAGGAGCAUAUGAAAGACAAUCCUGAACUUGCUAUAACUGGUGAACCAGUCUUAGAAUGGACAAAAGCAACCAAGAAACUGAUCAAGUUGAAACAGAAAGCAAAGACGGCCAAGCUGCUUGGGACACACUGUGCACCGAAAGUUAAAACAGGCGGUAAGAAUGCAUCGGGUAACCGUCAUCGACGUGUUCGAUGUAAGAAGUGUGAACCGUGUACAAGGGAUGAUUGUAUGGAAUGUAAUUUCUGUAAAGAUAUGAGGAAAUAUGGAGGUCCAGGGCGUGCCAAGCAAUCUUGUAUCAGCCGACAGUGUCUGGCACCAAUCCUUCCAAAAGGCAUUGUAUGUCUGAUAUGUAAAAUGCCUGUGUGCCUGCUCGACAAACCUGUGAAGACAGAUGGCGCUGUUGAUGAUGACGCGGAGGAUUAUUCCUCGGCACUAAUGGAGUGUGGGAUAUGCUGGGAGAUCGUACAUCCACUGUGUUUACGUAAAAAGAACGAGAACUUGAAUAAUGAUGGUAUCCUAAAUGAGGAUCUUCCAAACAGCUGGAAGUGCUCAAAAUGCUGCUUUGAUGGAAAAGAAGGAAAACUUAUGGCCAGAGUCUUUAAGGGAGGUUGGAGACCCACACCAGCAAGUACCCCGCCCCCACUGUCAGUAUCCCCUCCCCUUCAACCAAACAGUCCCACAGGUAUCCAGGAAGUGAUUGUAACCGAGGGGAAACGUGUAACAUUAAACCAGGGCAUAGAUAGCAAGAAAACAAUGCCCAAGUUAUCCCUCAGUCCUGAACAUAGAGAGAUAUAUUCCAAACCAUUUAAUGGUUCCGGCAGUGAAGACCUUGAUGAUAUAGAUACACCAAAGUUAAAGAUGGAAGUAUCAGGAGAUGAGAAGGUGAAUGUUAAGAUGGAAGUUAUUGAUGAACCACAGUCUAUCAGCAAUGAACCUACAGCUGUUAUCUUUAAGUCGAAUGUUAAAAGAAGCUCAUCUCCUUCAGGGGAAAAUCCUCUAAAAAAGAAACGUAAUAUUUCUCCAUCUCCAAACCGGCCAUCAAAGUCUUCCAAGGUACAUGGGCAACCGAAAGCCUCACCUAGUUCGGGUAGAAAACCUGGAAAAUCCACAGCAACAGAUUUAAAUAACAAACGCUCAAAACGAGAGACAACACCAAGAUCUGGGACUCGAUGCACUUAUGACUUUGAUGAUGAUGAGGAAUGCAUGGAUAUUUCCGCUCCUCUCCCAGAUAAGGGCAAAGGGAAGGGUAUCAAAGGUCGCAAAAGCCUACAUUUGAAAAAUAAAGACUUUGGUGCAAGUUUAGGAUCAAACGUUAACAGUAAAUCUCAUACCCAAACUCUUGAACCUAAACCUGAAGAUCGUGGUCAUCUUACAAAAUAUUCUUCUGAAAAAUUGUGCAGUGAACAGUUAAGACAAACUCUGAUUUCUCAUAUCGAAAGGCGUAACCUGCCAGUUAUAAAACCGCAGUUUGUUGUACGGCCGGCUCCUAUAUCUCCCCCGGAUGAUUACUGUGUGAUGAAUAAUGGUCAAAAGCAUCCCCUGUCGCGUAAAGUUUGGACAUUUAUCUUCCAUUACCUGUCGUCUGCUGAUUUGGCACGUUGCCAAGCUGUUUGUCAAAUAUGGAACAGAUGGUGCAUCAAUCCUGAUUUGUGGAAGAAAAUAGAUCUGAGUAAAAAGAGAAUCGUUCAGACCCAUCUAAUGGGAAUAGUCCGACGGCAACCGGAAUACCUUGAUCUGAGUUCGGUUAUUAUGACACAAAAACAAAUUUUAUGGUUACUUGAAAGAAUUCCUUUGUUGAAGACAUUGAUUGUAUCAAAAUGUUCUUGGGCAACAAUAAGUGGACUGUGCAUGUCGGCGUGCCCGUUACUUUAUAAGCUUGAUGUUAGUUGGGCUACCGGGCUGAAUGAUAGAUGUUUUGAAGAUCUCAUUUCACCCCCUGUGGACAGGAAACCGGCUGUUAAAAACAUCAGUCGUCUCCAUAGGUUACGAUCAAUUCAUUUGUCUGGAACAGAAAUCACUGACACGUCGUUAGAGCUAAUGACUCUACACCUGUCACAUCUGGAGGAAUUGAAUAUCAGUUACUGUACCCGAAUCACUGACCGUGGUAUCCAAAUAUUGGCAAGCAGUAAAUCGCCAACACAAGAUUCACUGAAAGUGUUGAACAUUUGUGGUUGCCGUGGACUCACGGAGGUCAGUUUGGAUGCUAUAAAGAACUUCAGUAAGUUAAAGGAACUGUAUGCCACUAACUGUAUCAGAAUACCAACAGAAAGAUGUAGAUCUCUCCGACAUCCACGACUGAAGAUAUUCAGAUAUUAGUGAGACUUUUAUACCUAAAGAUGUUAGAAGUGCUCACAGUUAAAAAAUGUUUGGGUUUUUUUUUUGUAAAUUUUAUUAAGGGUAUAUACAUAUAUAUAACUGUUAUAUUUUUGUAAAUAAUAUUGGGGUAGAGUCAUGCUUAUUAUGGAGUGUGCUGUGCUAUUAUCUAAAUUCUUUGCAUUCAAAUUAUUGGGUAAAAGAUGAGGCUUUUGUUAGGCAAGUUUUUUUGUCAACCAAAUAACAGGACUUGUAAAGGAAAUAUUUCACAAUUCUAACCCUUGACCUGCUGGGACCAAAAGUGAUUAUCCUUUACCACCAGUAUUGAGCCAUCUGUAUAGUCUGAUCAGGCUUUUUACUAUUGGUAGAUCUAAUUUUAGCUUGUCUGAUUCAAUGAGAAAGUCAAGCUAUUUCAAUGCAUUGGUCAUUAUUGUUGUCACUGUAGCCCAUUACUCAAACACUUAAAGAAGGUAUCAAUAUGAAAUUUGCCAUACUUGCUUAUCAUGACAAAAUACAGUUGUAAGACGUAUUAGCUGAAAGCAAUAUUUUUUUGGAUUUAUGCCCCUUUUUAACCCUUGUUAAAAUUGGUUACUGAUAAAACAUUUUGAAGAUUAUCAAAGAUAUUUUACACUUUGCUACUUUUGAUAACAAGGCCUAUCUAGUGGGCACUGGGCAAGGGGGCAUAACUAAGUAAUAAAUAUUUCAAGAGUUGUGCCCCUUCUUCACAUGGAAAAAUAUUCUUGUUAGGAGUAACAAUCAUAACGCUCUUGAAUUUUUUUGUCAGUGCCCUAAGCAGAUGAGCAUAAGUAUGCAUUUGGUGCUAUUGAAUGGACUGUUCCAAAUUUACUGCUGGUCAAAUUCAGCAGGGUAAGGGUAAAAAAAAAAAAAUUGUUAUAUUUAGAUUGUUUCAUAACUCCAGCAUUACUUUGAAUAUCUCCUUGUUUUAUGAAAAACCUGCAGAUUUUGAAGAAAAAAAACAACAACAAAAAACUCACUAUUAUUUAAAGUAUUCAUUACAAUAUAACUAUGCAAUGUUUCACAGUCAUGCACAUGCUUUUAAAACAAACAUAAAUAUUUAAAUGUACAUGUAUCAUCAAAAUUUUCUCCUUCCGAUUAUCAAAAUGUUCUGUUCUUACACGUAAAACAACCAAAAAAACAACCAAACACCUCGCACAGGAAGCCGCCUCUGUGGUCGAGGGGUUAGAGUCGAUGACUUCUAAUCCAGUUACCUCUCUGGCGUGGGUUCCAUCCCCGGGAGAUGCUUUGGUAGUUUAGCGCGGAGGAAGGUAGUCUAGUACUGGUGUAACUCUCCAGGAACGAUGGUUAGGAAACUACCCGCCUAUAUGACUGAAAUACUGUUGGAAAAAGGCGUAAAAUGAAACAAACAAACAAACAAACAAAAACCUUGCACAGCUGUUUAGGAUGUUAAUGAAUAUUGGAAAUUAAUAAUAGAUGAAAAUAUCUGUUGAUUGCACUAUUUGUUUUAUUAAUUAAUUAAUUACUGAAGUUUAACAUUUUUAAUACAUUAACAGAUCAAUAUAAAAACAUAACUAACUACUAAGCCCGAUUGUAGGUUAUAUAUAUACCUUGUUCCUUUCAUAAAAAAAUGGACCCGUGGCCCAUUUAGAGAUUUUCAUCUUCUCAUCAAUUCAGAUAUUUAGAACCCCUUGUUUAUAAGUUUGAUAGUUUACAGGUUAAUUGUUUGUAUAUAACAUACAUCAUACAGAAUAAUUUUAUACCUUUCAAUGCUUAAACUAUAACUAUUAAACCUUUUACAACAGAACCAAGCCAGGUCAGGCCAGAUAUUGAGGCCAGCCUAGAUAUACAUGCAUUCUUUCUUAUUAUUGUCAUUGUGAUAUUUAGAUUGAUAACGCUCUGGUUUAAAAUGGAAGUUGGAUAAAGCCAUGCAGAGAAAUUAGGAGACAUUCUAACACUGUCCCCAUUUUUCCCUAUUGAACAUAGAAGAACCCCAAGUGUGUGUUAUUAUGCAAUAAAAUCACUGUUUGACAUUCUAUAUUUAGACAUAUGACAUAAUCAUUAUACACGUGACGUGACCACUAAAAAUGUGACAAGCUAAAAAUAAGUACAAAACAAAUUAGGCGCAAUUUAGCUUAAUACCAGGUAUGGCAGCAUUUGUUUGUUGAUGUUGUGUUAGAAUCUAAAUAAUAUAUCCAAAUAAGUGAUAUUAUCGCUUGAUAAAUUCACUGUUUGGAGUUCGGAUGCGCAUCAUUAUAUCACUCGGGCUACGCCCUUGUGAUAUAAUUCCUCACAUCCGAACUCCAAACAGUGAUUUUAUUGAGCGAUUUGGGAUACAUUACAUGUAUUUCUUAAGUAGAGUAACAUUGUCAAACUACAGUUCCAUGUUUGUCAAUACUACUGUACACUAAGUCUGAUUUAGUAAUUAUCAUACUUUUUACCUGAAAUUUUCUAAGGCCUUUCAGAAAUUUGCAUUGAAAUCAAAGUCACAUGACAAAAUGAUUUUUAUGCAAUAAAAACUGUGACAUCACAUCUGUAUUGCCGCUACAAAUUCUACUUGUUGAAUACAUUAUCUAUAAAAGAAAAGUAUAUGAGCUCUUUAUGUUAUUUAACCUUGUUUAGUAUAUGAAGUUUUGAGUGUGAGAAAAGAAAUUAAGAUUAUUACUUGGAUUAAACCCCCUUAACAUUUUAUUUUCUCAUGAUAAAGAUAAUUAAACAUUUAUUUUAACCUGCUGGAACCUAAACAAUAUAACUAUCCUUUGCUGCCAGUAUAGUCAGGCCAGCCUGGACAUUACAUGCAGUCUGCCAGGCUCUAUACUGAUGAUUGAUCAAUUUUCAUAUUUGCUACUGAGAUCCCUUAAACAUGAAAUGGAAUGUUCCAAUUUGAAAACUGGGCAAAUGAAUUAGGCAAAUUUAGGAGGUUCAGGAUUAGGUUUAUUUUCUUGUAGAUCUGAUAGAUUCUGGAGUUACAGAAUAUCUUAUGCUGUACAAAUUCAUUAUUUGCUUGUAAAUUUAAAUAAGCUGGUUUUACUUAGAGUUAUGGCCCUUGUGCAUAAUGUUAUUAUGUUUUGUUCUUUAGGGUUUCAGAGAAAUAUAUUCUUGCACAGCACCAUUGUUUUUAUUUUUCCAAUGUUUAUGAAUUCCAUUGUUUUAUUUUCUGUUUAUCAACAUUUUUUUUUCGAAGUUGUUAAAUGAAGCAGAGUUUAUUUGUUAAAACUUUUAUUUUUAUAUUGUUAGAAAUACAUUCUUAAUUUGUUUAAAUAGGUUUUUAUUGUGUGGAACAAGUUAUGUUAAAGUCGCAUCAAGUUAGCUUUGAUCAAUUUAAGUUUACUACUGAUAUAUAACAAAUGUACAAAGUAGGCAGAUUUAUUUUUGUGUCUGUAGAGAGACAUAUCCAUUACUGUUUAUGAAAAUGUAUGUUAUUUCAAAGUUUCCUUGUAUAAAGUUAAAGUUGAAUAAUGA